CUACAUUAUGUUCAGCAGCUAUGAGAGGCUACAGAAGCGAUCUGGGAAGAAGGGAGUUGAUAGGUUUCAGUAUUUAAAGGAGCUCACAGAAGAAUUUUCUACUACAGAAAGCUCUGAAGCUAAAGAACAAGUUCUUGCUAAUUUAGCAAACUUUUCAUAUGAUCCCAUCAACUAUCAGUGGCUGCGAAGGCUUAAAGUAAUUGAUAUUUUUCUACACCAGCUCUCUGAAGGAACACUACCUCUGCGUAGGUUUGCUGCUGCUGGGAUUUGUAAUUUGUGUUUGGAUUUUGAAAAUAAGUCGUACAUCCUGCAGAAUGGGGGUGUACAACUGUUGACUGAAUGUUUGAAGUCAGAGGAUGAAUCCUUAGUUCUCUCUUCCAUUACCUCAUUGAUGUUCCUUGUCACACCUCAGUCUAACUCGGAGAUCACAAGUGAUAAAGUUGUAAAAUUAAUCACGAUUAAGGCAGAAGGAAACAAUCCUCGCAUCACAAACCUUGCCAAGAUAUUUUUGUCUGAUUAUCAUUAUCCAGUAAAGGAGGGCAAUUCAACCAAAACUGGAAUUUAGU